ACAACUAAUUGAUUGACACUCAACGAGGUAAGGUUUAUGUAGAACGUAACCGUAUUGGAUACUCGUUGGCUACGUACAUCGAAACACUGGCACUUAACAAUUCAUCCCUUCGAAAUGAAGAAGCACGUGUAUAAACAGCUGACAGCUGACUUAAAACUACAGUGUAAUGCACGCAUGGUAUUUGGUAGGGGUGGGUAGAUUUAGCAACCCCUAAAAGCUAACCCCUGUGUUGUACAAUCAGCGAGAAGUCUGUCAAUCUUUCAGCUGGACCGAUGCGAUGCGAUAGCUUGACCACUGGGUCACUAUAAAAGCGUGCUCAGGGCCGCGGCACCGAACCAUCUCUAACGUAACCGCUACACCUGUACAAUCAGCUGAUAGCUGUCAACGAGAAAGGAUGCAUCGCCUAUUCCAUCCUCUCUUGUUCUCUGUGCUGUUCUCUGCAGUGUACGCUGUGGCGAUCAACCAAACAAACGAUACUUAUCAAACGUUAGAACAGGAGAGUAAGGAACUGUCUCCCAUUCCAAAACACGACACAUUUACAGAUGAUUUUUAUGAUGAUGAUUAUUAUGCAGAAAUUUUACCAGAGUUGACUUUGGAGCGUGAACGCAACAACGAUAUAGAAUAUGAUAUGCUGAAUGAUACGACAAACGGAACAUCAUAUUAUGACUAUGAAGAAGUAGAAGUUAAAAAUCCUAAACAUAAAAAGUGUCAAAUGUGUAGAAUCAGAGAUGAACAGAAACGACAUCGCGUGGAAGCAAUAAAAAACAGAAUUUCACAUGUCUUGAAACUGGAUGUACUUGGCAUGCCCAACACGACUGCAAAACGAUUACCAAAGGUACCUUCGUUUUUACGAUUACGUGAAAAAUAUGAAAAUGCACAAAUGCAAUCGGAUUCACCAAGUAGCAGAAAAGAAGAAAGGCUGAGAUAUCAAGACGUACAAGAGGAAUAUGGACAACCGGAAAGGACAUAUAGCUUUGCAAAAGAACUUCCUGAUGAUAUGGACCAGCAGUUUCCCAACACCAUAUACUUUGAUAUGCAAGAUUCACCGGAAAAGGAAACCAACAAAGCCUUGUUAUGGGUCUACAUCAACCCUGAUGACAUCAUAGACCGAAAUAUGACUGAAAUAUAUGUUUACACGAUUGACCCCCCUGGUAAAUUUAGUAAAGUUCCCGUCAAAAAAGAAAUCGGUAGAAGAAAACGACAUAAUAUGAAAGCGUCAGGGUGGCACCAUUUUGAUAUACUAAAUGAGGUACAAAAAUGGACCUACAGAACACAUCUGAACCUUGGGCUUGUUGUGGAGGCUUUGGACGAGGCGGGCAAUAACUUGGUUAUACUUCCCCCGACGUUUGGUGACGAUGAUGGCUAUGAACCCAUGCUGGAUUUACGAACAUCUCUAAGGAAGUCUACACGCUCUAAGAGAUCUACGGAACUCUAUUGCGACACAAGAGAAGAAACAGCUUGCUGCAGAUACCCUUUAGAGGUUGAUUUCGUCGCGUUUGGGUGGGACUUUGUGAUAGCUCCUCUUACAUACGCUGCCUAUUACUGCGCCGGCGAAUGUAAGGGUGAACAAUUAGACGAUACACUGCACGCUCAUGUAAUCCAGCAAGCACCGUCCCCAACCUUGAGUCAGCCACAGUCAGCCAUUAGCAAUGUCGGCCCCUGUUGCACUCCGACUAAAAUGUCAGACCUAGCAAUGCUUUUCUUCGACCAUAACUCCAACAUAGCAUUAACGCGGUUGCCAAGGAUGAAAGUAGACAGAUGUGGUUGUGCGUAAGUGAAGAAAGAAAAACAAUAGAAAGAAAGGAACAGGACUGUGAUGUAUCUGCGAAAUAGUAAAGAAUGUUUGUUUGAACGGAAUGAUGGAAACUAUUUGUCUUUCAACCAUCUUUUUCCUCGUGACUGCAGUGCUAGUCAUUAGACUAGUAGGACAGGCACUGAAAGAACGAAGUGUUUUACGAUUGACAGAGAACGAGAUGACUGAAUAGGGCAGAUAGUAUCAAGUAUAAUAACAUUGCCAGGUUCUAAUUUUACAGAAUCGGGUGUGAUAGACACGAAAUCCAUAGGAUAGCCUCGUGUUGGGAAAGUAUCACCUUAAAGGUUAUGAAGACGCUAUUGUUUACAUUAUAUUGUUGUCUUUUGGUGCUUUUAGAGGUAAACAACGCAUCACGUGGUGCUACAUCAUACAUAUUGCCGUCUUUCCUGUCGAUCUCAUUAUGUAUGUCAUUUCCGUCAACGUCGCUAAAGCGACAACUCUUUCUGCCAUACUGAGUGUAUGCUAUCGUCACUUCUACAUAGAUCAUAACAAACUGUGCUACAAUUGCAAAGCUUUUAAAUCUGUUUGUAUUGUCUCCAUAUGUAUGUUGUUCCCAUUUCAUGUUACUGUCGUUGUGUUAACCACAAAUGUUCUUGUUAUUUGAAUUGAUUUCUUGUCAGAUGGACAGUUUUACAAAUAAUCAAAAUAUAUUUUGUAGCGUCUGUCAAAAAUGUAUAGAAGUAUUAUAGGUAAAUGGUUGUUUGUUUCAAAUGUAUCAAUUAGGUGUAACAAUUAUUAAUACAAAUGUACGAUUUUUAUUUACUAAUGAAGUUAUUAUAAAUAGAUAUGAAUCUUUAUUAAAUAAUAGAAAGUGUAGUUUAGAGUUUAACUCUGAAACAGUAUUGUUUUUUUUAAACCAUUGUAAAUGGUUAAAUAUAUAUAUAUCGAAAUAUAGGAUACAUUUGAUGUAUAUUGUAAAUGACCCAGUUACCUAUUAUGAUUUUAUUGGAUACAAACAAAUAUCAAAAAGGGUAAAUCGAUCCACGUUUACUAAUGUAAUUCAAAUAUCUUUUUAAAUGGAUUUUGAAAGGAUGGUAUCAAUUUAUUAAUUUAAAUAAUAUAAUUAAUCGUUUACUACUUUAAUUGAUGCAAUGUGUUCACAUAAUGAUAGACACACUAAAAAAGCGUAUCUCAUAAUUAUGACAAUUGACAAUAUUUCUUCCUUCUCUCCCUCUCUCGUAAUUCGUCUCAUAAUCUGUGAUUUGUUUGUUUAACUUGUCCCAUAGUUUAGAUUAUUGCUUAAAUGUUUUAAAUCCAAAUAAUUUGGACCUUGGUUGAGUAUAUUCGUACAUGAUGUAAACUAAGCCAUAUAUUUUGUUUGUAGCCGACCGAUCAAGCAUGACGCUGAAGAUUGUAAAACAGUUGGCAGUGUGACAAUGUACUAAUACAUUGGUUUAAAUUUGCAUCAGCUAUGUCAACCUAACAGUUCUAUUGGUGGUUGGUACAUGUGUUAAAUAUGUUUUUUAGAUGUGCUGAUAAUAUUACAGUGUAAUAUUGGUUUAUUUACAAUAAUGAUCAUCUUAAGCUUAUACCUUAACGAAACAGCAUAAUCGCUGUGAUACAAUAUACAACCUGUAUAUAUUGCAAAGCACGGAGUGCUAGAAUAUCUAAUUUGAUUGAUAAGAUGAUAUAAGCUUGAUGGCUAUCCCGCGAGGCAAUAGGGCAGUAGAUGUACGUAGACCAUAUUUCUUGACUUCAUUCAUGCUUCUUUUGCAUUCCAAAAUCUCAUAGCUAUAUGUGAUUCAUCCACUAGUAGAUUAUAAUACAUGAUAAAAUGUAAUACAAUAAUAUCCAAUCACAGCGUUAAACGUGUUGUGUCAGACGCCAUACAUUAUUAGAGACCAACUGUUCUAUGUUCAAUUACGAGAAAUGUUUUAUUGUUGAGAAUGCGGAGUGCCUUCUGUGAUGUAUUGACAUCGGAGAUCUGUGAUAGAAAAAAUCAUUAAAUGUGAAAAAUUCAA